UAUACCAGGUCGUCAUUCCCUUUUGGAGUCGACGCUUUAUAAAGAAAGGGAACGGCUCUCGGUAAAUUUAGACACCCAGUUAGUUGCGGCCUUGCAAGUCCUUUGCAUUUUCCACGGAAGAUGUCUGUAUCAUCACGGGAAGAACAGAAAAGGUUGGAUACUUUAGCUGUAAACAAUUUCGUCGAAUAUUUGAGAAUACCGUCAGUUCAUCCGAAUGUCGACUAUGGUGAUUGCAUUAAAUUUCUACAGAAGCAGGCAAAAGAGUUAGAUUUACCAAUUCAGGUGAUCAAUGUAAGACCGAAAAAACCAAUUGUUAUUUUAACAUGGGUUGGCAAAAAACCAGAAUUACCUAGUAUAUUACUCAACAGUCAUAUGGAUGUUGUUCCUGUAUAUGAAGAAAACUGGAAACAUAAACCAUUCGCUGCAGACAUUGAAAAUGGUAACAUUUUCGCGAGGGGCACUCAAGACAUGAAAUCAGUGGGUUUGCAAUAUUUGGAAGCCAUCAGAAGGUUGAAGUUGAAUGGCAUAACUUUCAUGAGAACUAUACAUAUAUCAUUCGUACCAGAUGAGGAAAUAGGAGGAUUAGAGGGCAUGAAAUUGUUUGUUGACACAAAAGAAUUUGAAAAAUUGAGAGUUGGUGUGUCUCUGGAUGAAGGCAUAGCAAGUAACACUGAUGAGUUCGCUCUGUUUUACGGGGAACGGUGUAUUUGGCAUGUUCACAUUCAUUGUCCUGGACAAUCUGGUCAUGGCUCCCUUUUGAUGGAAAAUACACCAGGAGAGAAGGUCACGCAUAUUUUGAAGAGAUUUUAUGAGUUUAGAAAGACUCAACAGAAACUUCUGAAAGACAACCCUACAUGGACCAUAGGAGAUGUCACCACAGUUAACUGCACAAUGAUGAGCGGUGGUGUUCAAAGUAACGUCGUCCCGCCUGAGAUGAUUAUUGUGAUUGACUGUAGAAUCCCAGUAACAGUGGACAUUCAGAAGUGGGAAGAAACCAUACAUAACUGGUGUGCAGAGGCAGGUUCUGACAUUUACAUCACAUACAGCCAGAAGCAACCACAAGUUCCUGUAACUAAAUUAGAUGAUUCAAAUCCCUACUGGAUCGCUUUCAAAGCUGCCACAGACGAGCUUGGUCUGAAGCUUAAGCCGCAAAUAUUUCCUGGGGGAACAGAUAGCCGAUACCUCAGAGAAAUCGGGAUUCCAGCAAUUGGCUUUUCUCCCAUAAACAAUACUCCAGUAUUAUUACACGAUAACGAUGAGUUUCUAGGCGUUGAUACCUUCCUUAAAGGAAUCGAAAUUUACUGUACCAUCAUCAGCAAACUUGCGAAUAUGGAGGAUCUCACUGGAUAGUAUUCGCCAAGAAUCAAGAAACGUCGUCUGUACUGAUUGUCGGUCAAAAAUUCUGAAGUCUGCAACCACUGGAAAAGUUUUACUUCUUUCUCCGUGGUAAAUAUCUAGUUUAAAAAGCUGCAACAGCAGGAAUGUUGACGAAGCAGACUUCAGAAUAAAAUUGAUUGAUUCUCAAUACAUAUGAAUUUCUUGAUUCAGGAAGGUACCUAAUAAUUGGAAUGGAAAAAGGAAAUACAAAGAUUUCUGCAUUUAUCGUGGAUUGAUAUAUUACUAAUAAUGCGAAUAUUAUUAUUGUUGGCCUAUAUUUUUAUAUAAUAUAAUGUGAUAUUAUUAAUCAUAUAA